GUCUCAUAAUAUCCAAACCUCAUUUAAAAACACUCAUCAGUCGGAUUCAGCACCAAUUAUCUCGGAGCUUUAGAGCUUAGCUUCCUUAAUUAAUUAACUUCGAUCUCUUAGUUAGUUAGCAAAGCUAAUUUCAUAAUUAAUCCGAUAUUUCCAAGCUAGAUAAUUAAGUCGUCCUCACACACAUACGUAGUAUAUAUAUACAAAUGGGAAGCGAAGCAGAAGGGACGCGAUCGUCGCCGGCCGUGGCCCGCGCCGGCAGCGGCGAGGAUCUGUUCGAGAUCACGGCGGUGGAGGAUAUGAGCGCGACGAAGUCAACGGAGGAGACGGACGACGACUACGACUGCCGGAGCAGCUUGUUUUCGUACGACUUCCUGAGCGACUGCAACCGGUGCGUCGCCGGCACGUACGUGGUCGUGCGGAGUGAGCCGAAAAGUGAGGUGGACGCCAGCAUGGACGCCCUGCUGUGGGCCCUCGCCAAUGCCGUGCACCCUCUGGCGUCUUCCAUGGUGUUUCUGGUUCACAUAUUCCCCGAGACCAAGUUCGUCCCUUCUCCAUUGGGGAUGAUUCCAAUAAGCCAAGUGAAUCCAGAGCAGAGAAAGAAGUACAAAGCUCAGGAAAGAAAUAAGAGGAGAGAGUUCCUUAAGCAGUUUCUUGAUGUGUGCUCAGCUUCAAAGGUUAAAGUGGAAACCAUAGUUUUAGAGAGUGAUGCAGAAGCAAAAGCAAUAUUGGACCUCAUUCCUCUAUGUAACAUCAGAAAGCUGAUUCUGGGCAGUUCUAAGGCAAACCUGAGGAGAACAAAGUAUAAAAAGGGGGGUAGCACAGCUAAUAAGAUAAUGCAAAAUGCACCAGAAUUUUGUGAUUUUAAGAUCAUAUGUGAAGGCAAUGAAGUUGCAAUAGAGGAGAACUUGUUUGAGUCUCCUGCUCCAAGCCAAAGAAGCCAGAGAAGUCAAAGAAGUCAAAGAAUUACUGUUGAGAGUCCAUUAUCUAAUCUUAGCCAAAGGCAAAUGCAGAAUGAAUUGGAACAUAAUUCUUCUCGAUGUUUCUGUUUCUAAGCCAAAUUGUUGCAAUUUAGUCAAUUUACUCAUGAUGAUCGGAGUUGUUCAUUUCAGAAUUUGUACAAAAUCAUGAAUUUGAUCGAACUGGUCGUUUCUUUAAUUUUCGUUUCAUAAUAUUGUCCCAUAAAACUUAUCUCUCUUUCAAC